AAACACCGUAACCGUAACAUGUCCACGAGUAGAAUUUGAAAAGUAGUGUGAGUACAAGUGCGAAUAAACCGUUCACUAAUCCAGCUUUGACUACUGUUGACGUCCCGAGCAGCCAUCUUGGAUUAUGUGGUCGUCAUGGUGAGGCUAUUUACAGGAUCAUGCAACUGUGCUGGCUCUAAGGUAGAGUAAAGCACAUCAAUAAGACUGAGGAGUGAGGAAGCACAAAUGCAACACAGGAGGAGGGAGCGUAGAAGAGGGGAGGGCGGGUACAGUGGUGGCUGCUGGCGCUCUCUGCAGCACAGAUCUGUUGAGAGUACCACAGUAGCGCUCCUCCACAGACCACAGCCGCAGGGCUCCCACUGCAGUUCAGAGGAAAACCUCACUCAGAAACACACACUGGAGAAGAAACGGCUCACCUCACAAGACUUCGAGACAGAAGAUAAGACAAAGAAGAGGGCAAGAAAAGACUGAUCAGACAAAAAGGCAGAGGAGGACGCCCUUAAAGGACUUCAUGAUGUCACAUCACAGAAACGACUGAGGCAGAUUCUUCGGUCCAAUAAGGAUCCAGUAUUGUAGACGCUCAAACCUUUUUUGAGAUCUGUCGGAGGAGACCUGCCCCGUCUGCCCCUGCCUCUACCUCAGGAUGGCUGGCUGUACCAGCCGCUGCAGACAGGGGGUGCUCAAGUUAAUCCAGUCCCUGCAGAGAUUGGUCUCAGGAACCCUCACAAAAGAUAAAGCAGAUGACGAGCUUGAGAUGACGACGGUGUGUCACAGACCAGAAGGUCUUGAUCAGUUGGAGGCCCAAACUAACUUCACCAAACAGGAGCUGCAGAUCCUCUAUCGCGGUUUUAAGAAUGAAUGUCCGAGUGGAGUGGUAAAUGAGGAGACAUUUAAACACAUUUACGCGCAGUUCUUCCCUCAUGGAGAUGCAAGCAUGUAUGCACAUUAUCUCUUCAACGCUUUUGACACUACAAACAACGGCUCCAUUAAGUUUAAGGACUUUGUAAUGGGCUUGUCAAUUCUGCUGAGGGGAACACUGAGGGAAAAGCUGGAGUGGACGUUUCACCUUUAUGACAUCAACAGAGAUGGAUACAUAAACAGAGAGGAAAUGACUGAGAUUGUGAGGGCAAUUUAUGACAUGAUGGGCAAGUACACCUACCCUGCACUAAAGGGAGACGUCCCACAGCAGCAUGUGGAUGCCUUUUUUCAGAAAAUGGAUAAGAAUAAAGAUGGAGUGGUGACUUUGGAGGAGUUUGUUAUAGCCUGCCAAGAGGAUGAAACCAUGAUGAGGUCCAUGCAGCUGUUUGAAAAUGUGAUGUAGGACAAGCAGAGAUGAUGGCGACAAAGACGUGGAAAACGAGAGGGCUUUGUGUGAGUGUGUGUGUGUGGAUGCAUUUGUGCAAUACAUCCAGUCUCUCCUCCUCCUCUUCUUCUCCCCAUUUUAUCCAGCUGUGAUCUGGAUACAGCCAGAAUCCCCCCACAAGGACUUGCAAGAAGAGAUUGGACUGGAAUGCUGUUAGCCUUCCUGCCGAGUAUUACUACACAACACAAAGUGACUGAUGCGACAGGCCUGGACAGGACCACACAUCGCUCUCUGUCCUGUCUCAAAGAUUACCUUGGUAAAGAUAAAGAUGCUCCUACAUUACAAGGCUGCUCCCGACCAGUGAUGAACAAUGUGUUCAACAAGCUGAACUAUUUAUUUAUUUUUGCCAAAAGAUGUUCUUUUUUUGCCAAAAUAUGAUUGCAUGGUUUUGCAAGAGCUUUUGAUUUAUCUCCAGAUAUUGGUUAGAUUUGUUAUGGGAUUUUGGCCAUAAGGACAUUUCUAUUUAUCUCAUUCAUCUAGUGGUUGAUAGAUAUGAGAUAUUUCAAAUGUCAUGUACAGUGACCCCUGUACGUUUGUGUUAAUCUGACUGUCGCUUGAGAGUCUGUCUUUUGCCUGUGGUUAGUCUGUCGAAAUCUUAAAGUAGAAAGUCAAAUAACUUUGACAUAGUACAUUUUAUGGGUCUUAUAUGAAUGUGUGUGGUUGUCUUUUUUGUCUAUGUUGGAACUUAGGUUUUAGUGAAAAGAAAGAAAAUGAUUCAUUCUUUUAGAUUUUCACUUGCUGCUUUGCUUCUUGUGGUCAAACUAAUAUGUUGUCAAUAAUGUAAAGAAGAAAAUAGUGUUAAACAUGCAUACAUUUUGGAUAUAUUAUGAAGUACCUGCAAAAAUGAAGAUGUUUAACUAAUCGGAAGAGGCUAGUGAUCAUAAAAACAAUAUCUUUAUUUGCACAGGUGACGGGGAAUUGAUGUGUGAUUCGGAGAUAGAGGCAAUGUGUUUAUGUUGCUAAUAGAUGUCAGUGUGGCAGAAACAGACGGUAGCUUCUGGGCCAUUCUAAUGAAAUCCUGGUCUGAGAAAGUUUCUUAUAAUCUUACAGGGAAAUACCUCUGAAUGUCAGCUCUGGAAUGUGAUAUUUUGAUUGACUGAGGGCAGCUCCAUCUGUAUUAACAGACAUUUGGCACUGCCUCCCCCAUCCAAACUAGGACAGUGAUGUCACACCGACGUACGCGGUGCACACAGAAGAAGAUACUAACCGCAAUCGCCUGCUGAUGGUUUUAGGUGAGUCAGGGUGAGUUUGAAAGCACCACCAUCAUAGAAAACUCACACAGCUAUAGUCGUUUAAGCACUAAAAUAUUAAUCACUGUUCUUUUUUGAGUCAGUGGAUCAGCUCUUUGCUGUAUGGUACAUCUGUGUGACAUCACAGCCUCGGCUCUCUGAUAUCUUGGUUUGGAAUAGAGUUGUUAAAUCUCACUAUGAGAAGAUUAAUUUUAAGCCAUAAGAAUAAAUAUGUGAAUUCUUAAA